GCAGACUUAGAAGAAUCAAGGCCUUCAGGGAGCUCUUUCUGUCGGUCGGGUGGUCCAAACAGCAGGAUGGGAUAAAGGCAGAACUAAGCCAGCCUGGGCUACAGAAAAAGGGCGGAGCCUCCAAGCAGUCUCUUGGCAACCGGAUCUGGCCGCCAAACCGCCAAAGCUUGUGGCGCGAUGUCCUCUGGGAAUUGUAGUAUAGUUGGAGGGACAUUUUAGGAGCCUCGUGACUGCAGACCCACGGGCUGCGGACUACAACUCCCGACGUCCACCAUAAGGGCCACUGGGUGGGAAGGGCCCCCGGCGAGCUCUGUCCGGGGUUCCAUGCUCCCCAAUGACAGCAGCGGCAGGAAGCAGGCGGGCGCUUCUCCGGCGCCAAGGCCUCCUGUUCCCAGAGGGGCGACACUGGACACUUCCCCACGUGACUCCCAUCUCUUGGUCCCAGGUCCGUGCAUGGCGAAGUCCCCGGAGAACUCUACCCUGAAGGAGAUUCUGGGGGAGUAUCAACGGAGUCUCCGGGAGCGGGCGAAUAGAAGCAUUCACCAGCUGCAAAGCGCCCUGAGAGAAGGCAACGGUGGUGUUGGAGAAGGCGCACCAGACGCCCCGUGUGGCACCGGUGUGGACAGUGAGGACCCCAGGGCAGCCUGGCAGGAGCUGCAGUACAGCCAUGCUGUCAAUCAGCUCAAAGCUCUGUUGCGCCAGCAGGCAACUAAGGAAAGUGAGCUGUCUCCAUCGAGAAGGCAAGAUGCGUCCCCUUUGAGGUCAUCAGAGUACGAGGAAGCCAAUAUGCCUACUGUAUACAAUCUCGUUCCUAUCGUCAAUGACCAGUCUCAAUACAUUCAUCAUUUAGAGGCAGAAGUCAAGUUCUGCAAGGAGGAACUCUCUGGAAUGAAAAAUAGGGUUCAAGUAGUUGUGCUUGAAAAUGAAAGGCUCCAACAAGAGCUGAAAUCUCAGAGACAACAGGAAGCAAUGAGGGAACAAACACUUCUGGAUGCAUCUGGAAACCUGCAGAAUUCUUGGGUUACAACAGGUGACGGCUCUGGGAUGAAUGAAGGUGCCAAGAGACGAUUCUCCCAGGGCAAUGCAGAUGCAGUCAAAGGUCCAUCGGCUGGUGAGGCUGAGAAAUGGAAGCUAGAACUGGAGAGGUUAAAACUUACUUAUGAAGAAAAGGGUGAGAUCCUGGAAUCGCAAUUGAAAAUUUUGAGGAAAGACCUAGCUGAGUAUCAGAAAAAUUGUGAAGAUCUUAAGGAGCGACUAAAGCAUAAAGAGUCUCUUCUCGCUGCUAAUAUGUCUAACCGUGUGGGUGGCCUUUGUUUGAAAUGUGCUCAGCAUGAAGCUGUUCUCUCCCAAACCCAUAGUAACGUUCACGUGCAGACCAUUGAGAGACUGACCAAGGAAAGGGAUGACUUAAUGUCUGCGCUGGUCUCUGUCAGGAGCAGCUUGUCAGAUAUGCAGCAGAGAGAAGCCAGGGCUUAUGAGCAGGUGAAACAAGCUAUGCACAUGACCGAGGAGGCCAACUUCGAGAAAACCAAGGCUUUAAUCCAGUGUGAGCAGUUGAAGAAUGAACUGGAGAGGCAGACAGAGCGACUGGAAAAAGAACUCGCAUCUCAGCAAGAGAAAAGGGCCUUUGAGAAGGAGACAAUGAGAAAAGAAAUAACAAAAGAACGGGAGGACACGGGAUCAAAGAUGUUGUCCCUGUCUCAAAACAUUGCCCAACUGGAGGCCCAGGUUGAAAAGGUUACGAGAGAGAAGAUUUCAGCUAUUAAUCAGCUCGAGGAAGUUCAAAACCAGCUUGCUUCCAAAGAAAUGGAUGUCACAAAGGUGUGUGGGGAAAUGCGCUAUCAGUUGAAUAAAACCAAAAUGGAGAAGGAUGAGGCAGAGAAGGAACACAGAGAGUACAGAACAAAAACUAAAAGGGAUCUUGAAAUUAAAGAUGAGGAAAUAGAGAAAUUGAGAUCAGAAGUGAGUGAGAGCAAGCAGCACUUGGAACAGGAGCAGCAGAAGGCAGCCCGGGCCAGGGAGGAGUGCCGGAAACUGACGGAGCUGCUGAGCGAAUCCGAGCGCCAACUGCACCUCACCAGACUGGAAAAAGAUAGCAUUCAGCAGAGCUUCAGCAACGAAGCAAAGGCCCAAGCCCUUCAGGCCCAGCAAAGAGAGCAGGAGCUGACACAGAAGAUGCAGCAAAUGGAGGCCCAGCACGACAGAACUGAAAAUGAACAGUAUUCAUUGCUGACCUCCCAGAAUACAUUUUUGAUAAAGUUAAAGGAAGAGUGCUGUACAUUAGCCAAGAAACUGGAGCAAAUCUCUACAAAAAGCAGAUCUGAAAUCGCUCAGCUCAAUCAAGAGAAAAUGUAUACAUACGACAAACUGGAAAAGUUACAGAGGAGAAAUGAUGAGUUGGAGGAACAGUGUGUCCAACACGGGAGACUACAUGAGAUAAUGAAGGAAAGGCUAAAGCAGCUGGACGAGCACAGCCAGGCCACAGCCCAGCAGCUGGUGCGGCUUCUCAAAAAGCAGAACGAGCUUCUUCUGGAGAGACAGAGCCUGGCCGAAGAGGUGGGACGUCUGAGAUCCCAGGUACCGGUCAGACCCCGCGCAGGGUUACCCAGCAUGCGACAAUCUGAUUGCUGACCUGGACGAAACAGAGUGAAAUAAAUGGUUUACAAAGAGAUAUUUACAUUCAUCUGAUUUGUUCGUGAGAUGCCACAGCGCGCCACGACCUUCCGGAACAGCAGCCAGCGCCUGGGACGGCAGCGAGCUCCUCGCCCGGCACCCCGUCCGCUG